AUGAUGCAACAUGCCUCCCCAGCCCCAGCUCUGACGAUGAUGGCCACGCAAAAUGUCCCUCCCCCACCCUACCAGGACAGUCCACAGAUGACGGCAACUGCUCAGACACCCUCUAAGGCCCAGGCUGUCCAUAUCUCCGCACCCUCUGCUGCUGCCAGCACUCCUGUGCCCAGUGCCCCCAUUGACCCCCAAGCCCAGCUGGAGGCUGACAAGCGAGCUGUGUACAGGCACCCUCUUUUCCCGCUCCUGACGCUGCUGUUUGAGAAAUGUGAACAGGCCACCCAGGGCUCGGAGUGCAUCACCUCCGCCAGCUUUGACGUGGACAUCGAGAACUUUGUCCACCAGCAGGAGCAGGAGCACAAACCCUUCUUCAGCGAUGACCCAGAGCUGGACAAUCUGAUGGUGAAGGCAAUCCAGGUCCUGAGAAUCCACCUGCUGGAGUUGGAGAAAGUCAAUGAACUCUGCAAGGACUUUUGUAACCGUUACAUCACCUGCCUCAAAACCAAGAUGCACAGCGACAACCUGCUCAGGAAUGAUCUCGGGGGGCCCUAUUCCCCCAACCAGCCCUCCAUAAAUCUUCACUCACAGGACCUCCUGCAGAAUUCUCCCAAUUCCAUGUCCGGAGUCUCCAAUAACCCCCAGGGGAUUGUGGUCCCAGCCUCAGCGCUCCAGCAGAGCAGCAUCGCCAUGACAACUGUCAACUCACAAGUGGUGUCAGGUGGAGCCUUAUACCAGCCAGUUACCAUGGUAACCUCCCAGGGUCAGGUGGUCACCCAAGCAAUCCCCCAGGGAGCCAUCCAGAUCCAGAACACACAGGUUAACCUUGACCUCACUUCCCUCCUGGACAAUGAGGAUAAGAAGUCCAAGAACAAGCGAGGAGUCUUGCCCAAGCACGCCACCAAUAUCAUGCGUUCUUGGCUCUUCCAGCAUCUCAUGCAUCCCUACCCCACGGAGGAUGAGAAAAGGCAGAUCGCGGCCCAGACAAACCUCACCCUCUUGCAAGUCAAUAACUGGUUCAUCAACGCCCGGAGGCGCAUCCUGCAGCCCAUGCUUGAUGCCAGCAACCCAGACCCCGCCCCCAAAGCCAAGAAGAUCAAGUCCCAGCACCGGCCCACCCAAAGGUUCUGGCCCAACUCCAUCGCCGCGGGGGUGCUGCAGCCGCAGGGGGGCGCCCCGGGGACCAACCCCGACGGCUCCCUCAGCCUGGACAACCUGCAGUCCCUGUCCUCGGACAACGCCACCAUGGCCAUGCAGCAGGCCAUGAUGGCCGCGCACGAUGACUCGUUGGAUGGGACGGAGGAGGAGGAGGAGGACGAGAUGGAGGAGGAGGAGGAGGAGGAGGAUCUGGAGGAGGAGGCGGACGAGCUGCAGACGACGAACGUCAGUGACCUGGGCUUGGAACACAGUGACUCCCUGGAGUAG